ACUCCGAGUGGCCCGUCACGUUUUCGGAAGCAGACGGGCCGAAAUGUUCCGAGAUCCUCCCCUCACUGCUAUGACAUUCUUACCGCAGCGCAUCAUAUGCAUUCUAUUCAUAGCCACCACCAUGAACCCUUCAGUCUUACAACAAGCAUGCGUGUUUUCGGUUUCGCCGUGUCGGGAAAGGAUUGAAGCCAGGUUAUCGUCCAGGCUGCGGCCCGGGCGCUGCUGUCGCGCACUUCGCUAAUACGAAUAGAUGUGUGGUCCAAACCUCGACCCUCCUGGCUUCCGACCAUGAAAGAUGUGCCACUCAUGCCUGCCUUGCGUCCGAACUCGCGGUGGAAUUUGGGCUGUGUGUCCGAUGGCUCUUGUUUUUGUUUCGAAGUGGUACUUGGCCACGGUGGACGCUUUCUUGUCGUCUUGUAGGCUUCUCCGCUCUGCAUUCCUCGAGAAACAACAUGUAUUGGCGCAAACAGGAACAUAUCACGAUGUGGAGUACAUCUCAGACCUGCAUGCCCCGGCCAUUCCUCUGCAGGCCAAGGGGCUGAAUCCAAUCUCAGACAUAGUUCCGCCCCGCUUGCCUAUUAAACAAGGAAGGGCCAUGAAUGCCCUCGCUAGCACUCCAGAUGGCACCUAUCGUCGAUGAAUACAAUCCGAACCGAUUCCCUUCGAUCACCCGCAUCUACCACGUUCCAUUUGCCAGCAAUGGACCUGCCUCUACUGCGCCGUCAGCCACGGCUGGAGCCUCACAGAGCCGAGCUGUGACCGCCUUCGAGAUUGUUCUCGUGAUCCUCGUACUGGCACCUUUGAUGGGCCUUUUCCUAGCGAGCUUGUGCCUGUGUCUCCGCCGUCGGAGAGCACGGGUAGCCAGCUCGCCGCAGGGAGGGAAAUCGGACCUUGCCUCCCGUGUCGAUGUCGUCAGGCUUGGAGCAGAUAAGACGACGUUCAAGAUACCCGAGACAUGGGACAAUCCUUCGCUCAAAUCGUCGUACAGCAUUGGGCACAAGACGAACGUCACCCUUCUAAAGGAGAUGCCCAGAGUCUGGAACGUUAUCGGCCGGCAAAACGUCGCAAAAGAGGACGCCGAGUCGGACAGGGAAACCAAAAGAUUCCCGAAGACGCUUGCGAUGACGUAACCUCCAGGAAAGGCAUCCCCGAAGUUGUAGUGUUUGGGAUCUUUGUUCAUCUUUGCUCUUGAUUCAUUCUUGGGUCGUUUCAGGUACCUAUCAACAAGGACUGUGCACAAGCAUCUUGUCGUAGAGUGGGGCAAACUUUGUGAAAG